GCUAGGUCAUAGGUAGCUAUGGUAUACCAACUGUAACUCCACCAAGCUGCAUGCUGUACUAUACUUCAAGAAUCAAGAUUCAAGAAUCAAGAUAAUUGUAAUCCUUCAGUAUUUGCAUACGUCGUGAAAAGAAACACAGUUUCUCACUUCUUAUUUGGUGAUUUUUGUUCAACUGUGCAAAGUCAGAAGCCAUGUCUCGCAGGAGUUCUCGCCUGAUGUCCAGCGGCUACUACAAAGUAGAUGAAAAUUCUGAUGUGAGUUACAUGCCAAACAUUUCCUACCGGGAAAACCUCACCAAGGUUUUUAAGAAGAGGCAUUACAAUGGAUCUGAUGACCCCAGCAGAGCUGAGAGCAAUGCUAUAUCUGAGCUGUGGAACAAUGCAGAUGACCAGACUGUUUCUCCCAUUGGAACCGUGCCUGCCCUGACCCGGUCAUCAUCUCAGAGUCAAGCACAAAUUGCGGAUUACUCUAAAUUAAGACAUCCUCUGAUGUUUUUAGCUGAUAUGUUACUCAGCAGUAAAACUAAGAAUGCCUGUGGUCUUAUUCUCCUCCUCGUCAUCUUAGUUUUAAGCACUACGAUCCUCUUUCCUCUGUUGACCUCUGUCAUGUCCAGUAUCAACAUAACAAAGACCCCAUCACAAACCAAAAGUCCUCCUCCCCUUCCUAAUCCCAACAUCAUGCCUCCUACACCAAUGGUAGAUCCAGCCGUUGUGUCUGCAGCUGUAGAAGAGAAGAUGCAACAUCGUAUUAAAGAGCUGCAGCUGACACAGGAGCAGCUUAUCUUGAGGAUCCAAGCUUUAGAGACCCAGAGUGCCAAGCUGUCCCAAGAUGCAAGCUCCACUUCCGUCCAAGACCAGCUCAGCCCAGAUCUCCAACAAGCCAAAUACAGAGCAAGUACCUCAGACUACGGACGUCCUAUGGCAGAUAAGAUGGCCGACUUUGCUCUGGAGACUCUAGGUGCAAGUGUAAUCUACAACAGGUGUUCGAAGACAUAUUUUACUGAUUCAGCUUGUGUUACCCUGUUUGGUUUCCCUAUGUGGCACCUGUCUGAAAGCCCGCGCACCGUCAUUCAGGGCCACCCUGUGCUGCUCCCUGGAAAAUGCUGGCCGUUUCCAGGUGUUCAGGGGACUCUUGGAAUCUCUCUGUCACACCCCAUCAGGAUCACUCAAGUCACCCUGGAUCACCUGCCCCGCUACAACUCCCCCACUGGCCGCAUUGACUCUGCCCCCAAAGAAUUUGAAGUUUAUGGAUUGAAAAACAAAGAAGAAGAAGGAACUCUUCUGGGGACAUUCACCUAUGAUAAAGACGGUGAAUCAACCCAGACGUUCAAGCUGCCAAACCCCAGUGAUGAUGUGUAUCGACAUGUGGAGCUGCGUGUACUCAGUAACUGGGGUAAUGACAAACACACAUGUCUUUACCGCUUCCGUGUCCAUGGACAGAUCGCCUCCACAUGAGACUCAAGAUCCCCUUCAGCAAAUGAAAAGAUAUCCACAUCUUGAAAUAACAGCCCCCUGACCACGCCUCUGCCACUCAGCUAUUGAUGUCGAGUUUUCUCCGGGUUCGCUCCGGUUCUCCCAAACUAUCCUGAAUUUAAUUGUUAUGGAUUAAUUUAAAAAAAAAAUUGAAUUCUGUAAAAAUGUAAAGUGUAAUAAAAUGUUGUUACAUUUCCA